CUUCCAAACGCAAAACCCCAUCUCUGCCCGCGUUGAUCUCUCAAAUCGUGAUCUCGACGAGCAGUUUGUUCUUGAGAAACUUAAUCUGCAAAAAUGCCACUCAGGCUUGAAAUCAAGAGGAAACUUGCUCAAAGAUCGGAAAGAGUAAAAUCUGUAGACCUACAUCCAACAGAACCAUGGAUUCUGGCAAGUUUAUAUUCAGGAACCGUGUGUAUCUGGAAUUACCAGUCUCAGACCAUGGCUAAGUCGUUUGAGGUUACUGAGUUGCCAGUUAGGUCGGCCAAGUUUGUAGCACGCAAACAGUGGGUCGUAGCUGGAGCUGAUGAUAUGUUUAUUCGUGUAUACAAUUACAAUACAAUGGAUAAGAUUAAAGUAUUUGAGGCACACACAGAUUACAUAAGAUGUGUGGCUGUCCACCCUACUCUUCCUUAUGUGCUAUCAUCAUCUGAUGAUAUGCUUAUAAAGCUUUGGGAUUGGGAGAAGGGUUGGGCAUGCACGCAGAUAUUCGAGGGACAUUCUCAUUAUGUAAUGCAAGUCACUUUUAAUCCAAAAGACACAAAUACUUUUGCCAGCGCAUCUCUUGAUCGUACCAUUAAGAUUUGGAAUCUAGGCUCCCCCGACCCAAAUUUCACUUUGGAUGCCCAUCAGAAAGGGGUAAACUGUGUUGAUUACUUUACAGGUGGUGACAAGCCUUAUUUAAUCACUGGUUCUGAUGAUCAAACUGCCAAGGUGUGGGACUAUCAAACCAAAAGUUGUGUUCAGACGCUGGAAGGUCACACUCACAAUGUUUCUGCAGUUUGUUUCCAUCCUGAACUUCCUAUAAUAAUCACUGGUUCUGAGGAUGGUACUGUUCGCAUUUGGCAUUCUACCACAUAUAGGCUUGAAAAUACAUUGAACUAUGGUCUUGAGAGAGUUUGGUCUAUUGGAUAUAUGAAAGGUUCACGGAGGAUUGUUAUUGGGUAUGAUGAAGGUACCAUUAUGGUGAAAAUUGGUCGUGAAGUGCCUGUAGCUAGUAUGGAUAGCAGUGGAAAAAUUAUUUGGGCUAAGCACAAUGAAAUACAAACUGUGAACAUUAAGAGUGUUGGAGCAGAUUUUGAGGUCACUGAUGGAGAAAGAUUACCUUUGGCUGUUAAGGAGUUGGGUACCUGUGAUCUUUACCCACAAAGCCUAAAGCAUAAUCCCAAUGGGAGGUUUGUUGUUGUGUGUGGAGAUGGUGAGUACAUUAUAUAUACAGCUUUGGCAUGGAGAAAUAGGUCAUUUGGUUCGGCAUUGGAAUUUGUUUGGUCCUCUGAUGGAGAAUAUGCUGUUAGAGAAAGUUCAUCAAAGAUCAAGAUUUUCAGCAAAAAUUUCCAGGAAAAGAAGAGUGUUCGGCCAACCUUCUCUGCUGAACGAAUUUUUGGAGGAACUUUACUAGCAAUGUGUUCAAAUGAUUUCAUCUGCUUUUAUGACUGGGCUGAAUGCAGGUUGAUUCGACGUAUUGAUGUCACAGUUAAAAAUCUGUACUGGGCUGAUAGUGGUGACUUAGUUGCGAUUGCCAGCGAUACAUCAUUCUACAUCCUGAAGUACAAUCGGGAAAUCGUUCAGUCUUACUUAGAUAGUGGAAGGGCAGUGGAUGAACAAGGAGUUGAGGAUGCGUUUGAGCUUCUUCAUGAAACCAAUGAGCGUGUUAGGACUGGUAUAUGGGUUGGUGAUUGCUUUAUUUACAACAACUCUUCAUGGAGACUUAAUUACUGUGUUGGUGGAGAGGUGACAACCAUGUUUCACUUGGACCGUCCUAUGUACUUGUUGGGGUAUCUUGCUAGUCAAAGUCGCGUAUAUCUCAUAGACAAAGAAUUCAAUGUUAUGGGAUACACAUUGCUUCUCAGCUUGAUUGAGUACAAGACUCUUGUGAUGCGUGGAGAUUAUGAGAAAGCCAAUGAAAUUUUACCCACAAUUCCUAAAGAGCACCACAACAGUGUGGCUCAUUUCUUGGAAUCACGAGGUAUGAUAGUGGAUGCACUAGAAGUUGCUACAGACCCUGAUUACAGAUUUGAACUAGCCAUUCAGCUUGGUAAAUUAGAUGUUGCAAAGGAUAUAGCCAUUGAAGUUCAGAGUGAGUCUAAGUGGAAACAGCUAGGAGAAUUAGCUAUGUCCACUGGAAAGCUAGAAAUGGCUGAAGAAUGCAUGAAGCAUGCAAUGGACUUGAGUGGUUUAUUGUUGCUGUAUUCUUCUUUGGGAGAUGCUGAAGGGAUAUCAAACCUUGCAACUCUUUCAAAAGAGCAAGGAAAGAACAAUGUUGCAUUCCUGUGUUUAUUCAUGUUGGGUAAAUUGGAGGACUGUAUUCAGCUUUUGGUUGAAAGCAACCGUAUUCCAGAGGCUGCUUUGAUGGCACGCUCUUACGUUCCAAGCAAGGUCUCAGAAAUAGUGGCUAUUUGGAGAAAAGAUCUGAACAAGGUCAAUCCAAAAGCUGCUGAAUCAUUGGCCGAUCCAGAAGAGUAUCCUAACUUGUUUGAGGAUUGGGAACUUGGUCUUUCUUUAGAAUCUAAAGUUGCAGAGACAAGAUGUAUUUAUCCUCAUGCAGAGGACUAUAUAAACCAAGCUGAUAGAUCACACAUGACACUUGUGGAGGCCUUCAGAAACAUGCAAAUAGAGGAUGAGGAACCCCUUGAAAAUGGAGAUCUUGAUCAUGAGGACAGUGAACAAAAUGGACACAACCAGGAUGCAGAGGAGCAGAAUGGAGAAGAAGGGAACCAAGAGGAAGUUGUCGUUGUGGAUGCCGAUUCUACAGACGGUGCUGUACUCGUUAAUGGUAACGAGGCUGACGAAGAGUGGGGUACGAAUAAUGAAGGAACCCCGUCAGCCUAAAAGCAUUGGUUGGGGCAGUGUGAUAAUCCAAAUUUUGUCUCUGUGCUUACGCCACCUCAAUAGGUUCUGUCAAGACAUUCAGUCCGAGCUCCAUUCAGGUCAUACUUAAGGUUUUUAUUGGAGGUUAGGAAGAUUUGACUAUAAAGGACCGUUUGUCUCUCUUUCCUGGUGAUGUGGCUCUGUAGCACUUUGAAUUUUGGCAUGGGGCGUAUACAAGAAGUAAAUUAGCUCAGUCAUGAUUUACUAGAUUGUCUUAAAGUUUUACAAUAUUCUUUUGAGGCCUUUUGUCCUAAAAAUUUUCAUGUGCCAUUGUGAAUGUAGGAAGAAUUGGGAUUAGUGAUGAUUACAGAACUCAGCACCUUUUUUUUUUUUUUUAUGAUUUUAAUUAGAUAUGCUGUUCCCCUUGAUUCUUCUGUUUGGGUUGCGGGGUUUUCCUUUUGUGAAAAUUGUACUGUAAACUUAUCUACAUAAAGCAUCAUAGAUUCUUGAAAGGACCCUUGCUUUUCUAAUGGUUUUGUAACUCACUCUUCAAAGUAAUAAUAUGUCAACAUUAUCUCACCAUGUAUGGUGGGUUGCUGUUGUCUGUAGAUUCAAUUUAGAGGUGUUAUGAUAUGGUUGCAUCUGAGAUCAGAUCUAUAUUUAUCUGCGAUGAGUUACCGGCAUGAUCUGACGUGAGACCUCAUUUGUUUUGUUCCUUUUUAUCAUGUCAGUGGAAAAGCAGAAAUCUGAUCAAUGAAAUGAAUGGGGAAAUUAUUCUUGUGAUGUAAAAAUCAUGGGGUCAUGUUCUUGUCUUGAGAAUAUUUCUUUUGUUAAGCACGAGAGAAUAUUUCUGUUGAGGACUUUUUGUUUUCGGUAAGUUGUCUUUUGAAAACUGAAAAAAAGAUACAAGUAAAG